AUGGGUGUUCUAGUUACCACAACAGUUAAGAAGGAAGGAGGCACGUCUUCCAUAAAGUGUCCGAUGUUAACCGCAACCAAUUACACCGUAUGGGCAAUACGGAUGAAGAUGUUGCUUAGGGUUCAUAAGGUGUGGGAAGUGGUCGAGCAAGAAUCAACCAACGACGACAAGAAUGAUAUGGCGUCGGCACUCUUGUUUCAAUCUAUCCCGGAGAGCAUGAUCCUACAAGUGGGAGGACUUGAUACUGCAAAGAAGGUAUGGGAAGCGAUCAAAACUCGCCAUGUGGGAGCUGAUAGGGCGAGAGAGGCACAACUUCAAACCCUCGUGACUGAGUUCGAGCGACUAAAGAUGAAAGAAACUGAUAAGAUCGAUGACUUUGUGGGCAAGCUAUCAGAGAUAUCAUCGAAGUCAGCUGUGCUGGGAGAGAGUAUGGAGGAAGCUAAACUUGUGAAAAAAUUCCUGCAAGGCUUACCACGCAAGAAGUAUAUUCAUAUAGUUGCUUCUCUUGAACAACUAUUAGAUUUAAACACCACAGGUUUCGAAGACGUUGUCGGUCGCUUGAAAGCAUACGGGGAACGAAUUUCUGCGGAAGAAGAAGAGGAUACACAAGAAAGCCAGAGCAAGCUUAUGUAUAGCAAUACAGAGACACAAACUUAUCGCGGUACAAAGUAUAGAGGACGUGGUCGAGGUGGUCAAUACUACGGCAGAGGAAGAGGACGCGGUAGGUCUUAUUGGGAAAAUAGAGAUGCCUCCAGGAUCACAUGUUACCGAUGUGAUAAAGUGGGACACUUUGCUGCUACAUGUCCAGAUAGACUACUCAAGCUACAAGAAACAACUGAAAGCAAGGACGGAGAUGAUACUCAUGAAGCCGAUGGGAUUAUGAUGCAUGAAAUUGUCUAUCUCAACGAGCGAAACGUAAAGCCCAAGGAGUUUGAUUCCAGUACUGAUGGUGACAGAAUAUGGUAG